GUAAAACAUAAAUAAAUCUGAUUAGAUCUUGUUAGGUGUUGAUAAAGGUUUUGAAUAAGUAGUCACAAGAAGGAUAUCUAGAGAGAUGUCAUCCUAUUUAAGGGGAUCCACCAAUUAUGUUUGGUCAACAACUAGUAUUUUGGGCAAAGGUGCUACUGCCACGGUUCAUCAGGGUGUAAAUAAAGUCAAUGGCGAACCAGUUGCUGUGAAAACAUUUAAUCACAUUAGCACCUUAAGGCCCCAAGAAGUGCAGAUUAGGGAAUUUGAGGUGUUGCGCAGGGUUAAUCAUGAAAAUAUUGUUAAACUGCUUGCAAUUGAGGAGGAACAAGAGAAUCGGGGAAAAGUUAUUGUAAUGGAACUUUGUACUGGUGGUAGUUUGUUUAACAUAUUAGAUGAUCCAGAAAACACAUAUGGUCUAGAGGAAUCAGAAUUUCUUUUGGUGUUAGCACAUUUGUAUGCGGGUAUGAAACAUCUGAGGGAUAAUAAUUUGGUACACCGAGAUUUAAAGCCAGGCAAUAUUAUGAAAUUUAUAAAAGAUGAUGGCACAACAAUUUAUAAACUCACAGAUUUUGGAGCAGCUAGAGAGCUGGAAGAAGGACAGUAUUUCCAGUCUCUCUAUGGAACUGAAGAAUACCUGCAUCCAGAUAUGUAUGAGAGAGCAGUGUUAAGAAAACAUGCUAAUAAAACUUUUGGUGCAACUAUUGAUUUAUGGUCCAUAGGAGUUACCCUCUAUCAUGUUGCUACUGGCAAUCUACCAUUUCGACCUUAUGGUGGGAGGCGAAAUAAGGAAACAAUGCAUCAUAUUACUACAAAAAAGGAAAGUGGGGUAAUAUCUGGAAUUCAAACUAAAGAGAAUGGUCCAAUUGAAUGGAGAAGAGAAUUACCUUCAAACUGUCAAUUAAGUUUGGGAUUAAAAAAAACUAUAACUCCACUUUUAGCUGGUCUCCUCGAAGCUGAUCAUAGAAAGAUUUGGAGCUUUGAUACAUUUUUUAAAGAAGUGGAUGCGGUUCUCAAACGUAAAGCUGUAAACAUAUUCCAUGUAAACAAGUCAACUUUGAUUAAGAUAUAUAUUGACCCGAAAGAAACUUAUGAUCAACUGCAACAGUAUGUCAAAGAACAAACUGAUAUUCCAGCAGAAAAUCAAAUUUUGUUAUAUAAAACUUCAUUGUUAACCACUCUUAUUGAAGAUUAUGUGCAUGCUAGUGGUUUUCCUCAAACAAGGGAAGAUGACCCUCUAUUCCUAUUUAGUAAAGAAAAUAAUAACAUACUAAUUCAAUCUUUUCAAGAAUUGCCCAAGUUCAAUGAUUUUUCUUCUGUGAUAUCUGUGGAAAAUGACGCCAGUCAGGCCAAAUUUGCCUGCAGUAUUGGGCACCAAGCAAAGCGUCAUAUAGAGAGAUAUUCAUUAUAUAGUAAACUGAUUUGUGAUACAGUGGAAAAUUUUACGAAAUAUGUUAACUUAAACUUAAGAGAAUUAAAUAUAAAUUCCCAACAUUUAUUAGACAAAACUAUCAUAUUGAAAAAUACAGCGCAAAUUCUGCAACUGUCGCAAAAUAUUAGCAAUUACCAUUUGAAAUAUAAUUAUCCUACGGAAUUGGAAGACAUUAGUAAAGAGUUUACCCAGGUUGUGGUAGUUGGAAUUCAUACACUUUACAAACAACACACCAUGGAAAAUUAUUUGAAGUUGCAGUGGGAUUCAAUGAGCAGAGAACUGAAAUGUCCGUUCAACACAUUAGCACCAGCAAGAGCCAAAAGCCAAGUUGAACAUUUAAGGGAUUCUUGGCAACAUCUGGUCAGAGACAGGGCAACAAGAACGCUAUCCUACAAUGAUGAACAGUUUCAUAUAUUGGAAAGGAUUAAAAUUACACAGACAAUAAAUAGACUAAAAAAUCUUUUGGAAAAGGAAGUUUUUCCACAGUAUGAGCUACUGUCUGAGAACUUUGGUGAUUGGUACAAGAUGGCUCAAAACAUACAUCUGAAAUCUGAAAUUUUGGCUUCGGAUGUUGACAAGUAUGAAAGUAAGUUGAAAAUGUUUGAAGAAAAAUUGACAAUUGAAAAUGUUGAUUAUACAGACCAUCUUAAAAACAAUUAUGAAUCAACAAAGAAAAUCAAUUUGUCUAAAAAUGUAAGAAAUGUUCAAAACCAAAGGCUUAGGAAUUAUUUACAGGAAUAUAAAAUCGAAAGUAGUACAAUAAAGGAUGUUAUAUCGGAGAAUUUUAGGCUCAUGAAUAUGUUAACUGAGUCAACAAAUGAACUUAAGCAAAAAUGUUUUCCACUGGAGGAAAUCUGACUUUUAUAUAAUGGUUUUUAAGAGUGACUAUUGUAAUGUUGCAAAUUGGCCUUUGAUCGCAGUAAUGUGGAAGUGUGCAGCCAGCAGUUGUUAAACAUGAGGGUGUUAUGCAUCUCGCGGUGUAAAUGCUCACUCUGGGGUGGUUUCAUUUAUGUAAGGCAAUUGAUAAUAGAAUUUAACAUUUUCCAAUUGCAUAGAAUGGAUGAACUAAACUCUUUUUAGACUCCUUCUUGCCCAUUAUGAUUUAAUUUAUUAUCAAGUUCGCCAAUAGUUCAAAAUAUUAUCAAUUGGUGAGUGACAAACGAUAAUUUUUUAUGUAAAGUUUUUUAUCACUAUUAUUUAUUUUUUGGGGUACUUUAGUUUACAUUUAAUAUAUCAGCGAAUAUUUGAACGUAAUAAUUAUAGAUUUGGAAAAGAACAGCAGUUGAAUAAGUUGGUGCUGAACUUAUACUGCUAAAAAUCUAAAUUAAUUUUAUUUGCUUAUUGAUUAUAUAAAAAAUCUGUAAAACAUUUUUGUUUUUCAUGUAUCAUAAAGGCUGUUUGACCAUACUUCGCACUGCAAUAUGACACCCAAAAUGUUAAUAAUUAGAUUAAAUUUACAGGGAUUAGCAAACCAAACAAUGACAGUUUAACUACAAUAAGACUAGAAAAGUUUGUCCUGAUAAAAUCAUACACCUGACUUAUUACACUGUUGUCCACUUUAAACAUAGGUAUUACUUUUGUGAUAGUUUUCUGUAAAUAUUUGUUCAAUAUGAAAUUUAUAUUUUAUUAAAUUUUAAUCUGGAAAACGCGUGUUUGUUCAGAUUAAUUUUCGGUUGCAGCCGCUAAAUAGUUUCAGUUCAGACCCUUACAUAUAAGGUGGAAUUAGGAUCCCAGAAGCAUGCCUAUAUAUGUGGGCGUUUCAAUUACAUUAUUAAAUCAUUGGUUUAAGCCAUCCUUAAACAAGGUACUUAAAAAACAUAUUCGAUACAAAAAUUAAACUGCAAAGAACACUUGCAUAGCAUAAAAUAUUUUCCCAACUUCUUCAAUUUCUUUUAAAUUACUUACAAAUUUAUUACAAAUUAUUAUUAUUAUUACAUUUAUUACAAAUUUAAAAAUGCAACUGUUUAACUAUUUAACUGUUGAACCUGUUACUUGGAAUAUUUUCCCCAAUUCCAGUCACUAAUGGAAUUUGAGCUU